UUUGCAGCUCUGACCAUAACUUUCUUCUUCUUCUUCUUUCCUCUUUCGCUUCAGAUCCAGAUUUCGUUCCUCCCCUCAGAAAAUGGAAACCUUCUUGUUCACAUCAGAGUCUGUCAAUGAAGGUCACCCAGACAAGCUUUGUGACCAAGUCUCAGAUGCCAUCCUGGAUGCAUGCCUCGAACAAGAUCCCGACAGCAAGGUCGCCUGCGAGACAUGUACAAAGACGAACAUGGUCAUGGUGUUUGGAGAGAUCACAACAAAGGCAAAGGUUGAUUACGAGAAGAUAGUUCGCAGCACUUGCCGUGGCAUUGGGUUUACCUCUCCAGAUGUUGGUCUUGAUGCUGACAACUGCAAGGUUCUUGUGAACAUUGAGCAGCAGAGCCCUGACAUUGCCCAGGGAGUCCAUGGUCAUUUCACCAAGAAACCCGAAGAUAUCGGGGCUGGUGAUCAAGGACACAUGUUUGGUUAUGCCACAGAUGAGACGCCCGAGCUCAUGCCUCUCACUCAUGUCCUUGCUACCAAGCUGGGUGCUAAACUCACCGAGGUAAGAAAGAACAAUACUUGCCCAUGGCUCAGGCCUGAUGGUAAGACCCAAGUCACCGUUGAGUAUAGGAAUGACAAUGGUGCCAUGGUGCCCCUCAGGGUCCACACCGUCCUCAUCUCGACCCAACAUGACGAGACCGUGACGAACGAGCGGAUCGCCGCCGAGCUGAAAGAGCACGUCAUCAAACCGGUCGUCCCUGCAGAGUAUCUCGACGACAAGACCAUCUUCCACCUCAACCCAUCGGGCCGGUUCGUGAUCGGCGGUCCCCACGGAGACGCGGGGCUCACGGGACGGAAGAUCAUCAUCGACACCUACGGCGGGUGGGGGGCCCACGGCGGUGGCGCCUUCUCAGGGAAGGACCCCACCAAGGUGGACAGGAGCGGGGCCUACAUCGUGAGGCAGGCGGCGAAGAGCGUGGUUGCCUCGGGACUCGCCCGACGGUGCCUCGUCCAGGUCUCGUACGCCAUUGGGGUUGCCGAACCGCUCUCGGUGUUUGUUGACACGUACAAGACGGGGAAGAUCCCGGAUAAGGACAUAUUGGUUCUCAUCAAGGAGAAUUUUGAUUUCAGGCCCGGCAUGAUCACCAUCAACCUUGACCUGAAGAGAGGCGGCAACUUCCGGUACCAGAAGACCGCUGCCUACGGUCACUUUGGGCGUGAGGAUCCUGACUUCACCUGGGAGACAGUCAAGAUCCUCAAGCCCAAAGCUUGAAGCUCUUUGAAACCACAAACCACAUAAAAUUUUCUUCUUCUUCUUCUUCUUCUUCUGCCAUUUGAUGCAGCCAUUUGUGCUUUCUGGUUGCGGACGAAUAAACGUGUUACGAUUUCGGAGCGCUUUUACAUCUAAUUUUCACAUUCGAGGCUCCGGGGAGAGGGACGAGAAGGGGAUAUGAGAUGUAGAAGGAUCUAGAAAGGUCUCUGAUAUGAUUUGUUGUUCCACUUUAUAAUUUCUCUUCCGGGGUUUAUGUGUUGUUUAGUUUGAGUUGUUUAUCAUAUGAUACUGAUGCAAUUACUUGGGGGGUUUCUUUGGGGGUUUUGUUUUGAUUGUACUUAGCUUCAAUUGUUGUUUGUGGAAGUGGUUUUCUUCAGUUGUUAUGAACUUAACACUUUUGAAUGGCAAAUACAUUCAUUUGAGUUAAACUUCUGCUGUUGGGUGUUCUUUCUUUUAUGGAAACUGUCAAUCUGUCAUUUUUGGUUUAGAUUUAUCCUGAAAUAACUUCUUAAAAAAGUAUUGUUUCACUCUUUGACUCAAUUUAAAUUGCGUAUUUUGGUUUACGAU